AUGUUCACUGGUAAAUUUGUUGUAGAAAAUCUUGACCAGUAUAUUACUGUUUCCUACCCCUAUAUCAUUGCGACCGGUGAUUCUGAACGAGCGUUUGCAGCAAAUGAAAUCCCACUUAGCGCUCCUCACUGCAUGUUCACAAUUCAAGUAACUCGCGAUCCAAAAGAAUUAGAGAGUUCUACAUACUUCGACGCUACGAAUUCUCAAUAUAACUCAGUUACGAACUCAAAGAAUGUUCUUAUGAAAUUAAGAACAUAUAUUGUAUCUGGUUUUAUUAGGCGUGUAACCACUGAUUUUACUAUUAUUGAGCUUACAGACAUUGAUUUUAUAUCUACCAAUGUUAGCUCAGUCCAGUAUGUGCAAGAGAGCACUUCCUCGAAUACUUCAAAUAAUCGUUCGUUUAUUGAUUUAAUCGCCGAGGACGUUGAUUCCACUACCUCACAGCAAUCAAAAAGAACCCAUAUAAUAAUGUCAAGAUCUUCUAAACAAAGCACUGUCCCGCCUCCCAUUGUCAAUGAACCUGAAACCCCAAUCACGACUCCUACUCCAGUUAAUAUUGGCCCUGAGACGUUUCAAAGCCAAAAAG